UUUUCUCCUAUUCACUUCACCCAAAACAAAUAUAGCCUCAAAUUCAGUCUCUCACCGUUCUCAAUUCUUGCCUCUCAAUGUCCUCGUCAACAGACCAAAUCUUCAGUGACCAGAAACCUCCACAAUCGAACCCUCAAAAUAUCCGGAAAACCUUCAAUAAACUCAAAAAGUACACCUCCAAACUCGCCAAUUUCGCUCUCCAAUGGCAGGAUCUCGAGGAUCAUUUCCUCUCGAUCAAAACCCAACUCCAGGAGCUCGAGAAAACCUACAAAAUCAAUACCCAGCAAGCUUUUUCAUCCCAAAUCGAGAACCCAGAAAGGGUAAACGGAGAUACCAUCACAAGACCCGUUGUUGAAUCUGAAAACAGAAUCCUUGAAAGCGAAAUCGAAGAUUGCGAAACGAAACCAUCUGUUCAUUCCCAAAACGAAAACCUAGAAAGCGAACAAAAUUGGAAAAGCAGGAGUGGCUCAAAGAGCCCUCAUAUACCCAUAGAUAGCGGCAGGUCUUUGUUAUUGUACUUAAAUGAGCAUGUAAAAGAGCAUGAGGUUUUGAAAAGUGGCGUAUACAAAGUUCUUAAAGACGCGUCUCAUCCUGGGAAAGUGGUACUCGAAGCUUUGAGAUUCUUCUAUCCAUCAGAUUCAAGUAAAGGUGAUCUGCGUACUGAUGUGAGCGUUACAAGGAAGAGUUGUGUGGUUUUACUUGAGGAAUUGGGUAGGGUGGGGCCUUUGAUAGGAUCGCAAGAUAGGGGGGAAGCGUUGAGAAUGGCGUUGGAGUGGAAAGAGAAAAUGAAGAAGUCUUUGGAGGUUUUCGGGUUUCUGAUGCUUGUGGCUGUUUUUGGGUUAGUGGAUGAAUUUGAUAAGGAGGAGACAUUGAAGCAUUUUGAUAAUGUUGCGCAGCGUGAGCAGGCACCUGAGUUAUUUCGAGUUCUUGGAUUUGCAGAUAAAGCUCAUGACUUUAUCCAGAAGCUUAUUGGCAAAAAUAAGAUACUUGAGGCUGUUCCUUUCAUAUUUGCCUUUGGUCUAGUUGAUAAAUUCCCUCCAGUGCCCCUGCUUAGACUGCAUGCAGAGCGUGCUGAGAAGAAUUAUAAAAAGAUUUGCAGCAAGGGAAAUAAUUCUUCAAAGGCGCUGGAUGAUGCUACAGGUACAGAAAUAGCUGCUCUGAGAGGUAUACUAGGAUUAAUCAAGAAAUAUGAGCUUCAGUCAGAGUACUCACCUCAGGUUAUUAGGGAUCGCAUCCUUAAGCUUAAAAAGCAGAAAAAUGAGAAAAAAGCCGCUGGAAGAUCCCCUAAACCUGUGGUUCAGCUGCAGCAGCAGAUUGGAAAUAAACGAACUGCUCCUGAUAAUUCACAACAGAAACAGCAGGAUACAUAUAAGCGUCUCCGGACAGUGGCAACAACAGUGCCUACCUCAAAUAUUUCUGUCAAUACGCCAAUGAACUUGAAACUACCAUCUUAUCAUCAAGAGGCAGGAUUGUACAGGGGUGAAGAUGCAAAAUACUUCUCCCCAUUAUCUGGAAGAACAGCACUGGCAAACAGCAUCACAAACGCUUCUGUUAGUGCUACUUUGACUAGUCGGUCAACACAAUUGUCUCGCAUGCAUACAGCAAGCUUAAUAUCGGGGCAAGGUGCACAGCAAUUAAUCCAAUCUUCCAGACUCUCCAGUUUGGCAGGCUCCUUUCCAGUUACUGCGCCUACAACAUUGUCUGAUGGCAGAGCGGGUAAUGCUUUCCAUACGCUAUCAAUGAGUUCAGUGCCUGGACAGUAUAGGCCUAUUGGAUCUGUUCCUGCUGCUAACCAUCAUCACCAUACUCCAACAAUCGAUCGAUACCGUUUAAUGGCCUCAACAUCUUUCAGACCACAUAUGAGCGCAUUAGUUUCACAAUAUCAUACAAACAUCAGAAAUGAGAACACUGGUAGACUUGGAUCAACUGAUUUCCCCUACACAAAUUGGCAUCGCAUCUGAUUCAAAUUCUUGUGAAUAAGUCCCUUGUAUCUUUGAGAAGCAGUUAGAACAUAUGCAAAAAAGUUCUAGGCAUACAUUGUUGUUUUUUGUUAUGAAAUUUAUAGCUAACUUGUGAA